UAAACAUUUCUCUCGCGCGCAGAGGAAUAAACUCGGUUCGUCCGUUUCCUCGCCAAAAAGGACCAGAAAACUGCUGUUUUCUUCAAAUGGGAAUUACAUGCGAAACUUGGGCGCACUCUUCUCCUCAGUGACUGUCGGUUUCGCUCCAGACAUGCCGGAGCGAAUCAGCAUUUCGGACUUCGUCGUCCUGGCGAACGAGGACUUAUCCUCGCCGGGAACCUCGAGCUUCCAGUCCAAGAUGAGCGACUGUCGGAGCACCGUGUCGGCCGUGGAGGAGUCUCUCGAUGUGGACCUCACAACUCUGCAGAAGAUGAAGAAAAUGAUUAAAGCGAUCCACACAUCUGGACUCUCACAUGUGGACAAUAAGGAGCAGUAUAUUGAGGUGAUGGAGAACCUGGGGAACAACCAACUGACCCAGGACAACAAUGAAGUGUACACAGGCUUCCUCAACCUGGCCGUUUUCACCAGAGAAGUCACAGCGCUCUUCAAAAAUCUGGUGCAAAACCUCAACAACAUCAUGGCGUUUCCCCUGGAGAACGUUCUGAAGACAGAACUUCGGGACAGCAGAUUAGAACUCAAGAAACAUAUGGAGAAGAGCUGGAAGGAUUACGACGUUAAAAUAGGAAAGCUAGAAAAGGAGAAGAAGGAUAAGACCCGGCAGCUGGGUUUGAUCAGGACAGAAGGAUCAGACGGAGGCGAGGACAUGGAGCGAGAGAGGAGGAUCUUCCAGCUGCAGAUGUGUGAGUAUCUUCUGAAGGUCCAGGAGCUGAAGGUGCGUCAGGGUCCUGAUCUUCUCCAGGGCCUCAUCAAAUACUUCCAGGCCCAGCUCAGUUUCUUCCAGGACGGGCUGAAAGCCGCGGAGAACCUCGCUCCUUUCAUCGAGAAGCUGGCUUCAUCCAUUCACACGGUCCGCAUGGAGCAGGAUGAGGAGGUCAAACAGCUCACUCAACUGAGGGAUUCUCUCAGAUUACUGCUGCAAGUGGAGGGUAAAGAGGAAUAUCUCAACAGGAAAAAUUCUGGCAACGGGUACAGCAUUCACCAACCGCAAGGAAAUAAGAAGUAUGGGACGGAGAAAUCUGGCUUCCUGCUUAAGAAGAGCGACGGGAUCCGUAAGAUUUGGCAGAAGAGGAAAUGUGGAGUGAAAUUUGGCUACCUGACUAUUUCCCACAGUACGAUCAAUCGACCUCCGGCCAAACUGAACCUGCUGACCUGUCAGGUGCGGCCGAACCCAGACGACCGGCGGACCUUCGACCUGGUUACUCAUAACCGGACGUAUCAUUUUCAGGCCGAAGACGAGCAGGAAUGUCUGAUCUGGAUGUCGGUGCUGCAGAACAGUAAAGAAGAAGCCCUGAACACGGCGCUGGGAGGAGAUCAGCUUCACCUGCAGGACAGCGGCCUCCAGGAACUGUCCCGAUCCAUUAUUGCUGAGCUGCGACACAUGCCCGGCAACGAGGCCUGUGCAGACUGCGGAGCUCCAGAUCCAACGUGGCUGUCGACCAACCUGGGCAUCCUGACCUGUAUCGAGUGCUCUGGCAUCCACAGAGAGCUGGGCGUCCACUACUCCAGGAUCCAGUCCCUCACUCUGGACCUGCUGAGCACAUCUGAACUGCUGUUGGCUGUCAGUAUUGGCAACACCAGAUUCAAUGAUAUCAUGGAGGCCGGCCUUCCAAGUGACUCCAUCAAACCACUGCCGCACAGCGACAUGAACGCCAGGAAGGAGUACAUCGUGGCGAAGUACGCCGAACGCCGCUACGUCCUCCGGAAAGAGGAGUCAAACCCCGGCCGGCUGUACGACGCCGUCAGGAGCCGCGACCUCACGUCCCUCUUGCAGCUCUUCGCCGAGGGCGUGGACCUCGCCAAGCCGCUCACACUCCCCGAAGGACAGACGAUUAAAGAAACGGCGCUCCAUCUUGCUGUGCGUCUGGAGGAAAGAAGCUCUUUGGCUCUGGUGGAUUUCCUCUGUCAGAACAGCAACUGUCUGGAGAAGAAGACCGCAGAAGGGAACACGGCGCUUCACUACAGCGUCCUGCAUCACAAGCCAGAGUCGCUCAAGCUGCUGCUCAAAGCAAAGGCAGCGCUACACACAGUUAAUUCAGGAGGAGAGACGGCUCUAGACAUUUCCAGGAAGCUGCAGCACACACAGUGUGUGGAAUUGUUGGAGUUGGCUCAAAGUGGGAAGUUUAAUUCUCAAAUCCACGUGGAGUUUCUGUGGGAGACGCAGUCUCAGGAGCUGUACGACAGUGAGGAUGACCUGGACGAGAGGGUGAGCCCGAUACCCAAAAACCGCUCGCCGCUCGCAUCAAACGGAGGUUCUGCCUUCGCCUGCUGGAGCGGGAAUAAUGGCGCCAACGCCAAUACAAGCAGCAGGCCUUGUGGGACUUAUGAGAAUGUAGACUUCCUGUAUAAUAAUCCACCAGCCAACAGCGCCCCCUCUGGAGCAUCAAUGCCGCCGCCGCCACUUCCAGCCAAAUCCAUCCAAAGAGGUCGCUCAGACCCUCAGAUUUCAGUCACGACACAGGAAUCAAACCCGCUUCCGCGGCGCUGCUCCAACCCGGCAUCGCACUCAUCCAGCCCCAAGACACAGGCGAGACACAGCACCCAUUCAGUCCACACAGACAGCCAGAGCAUGAAGGCGCCCAAGUCCCCCCACGGACAGGGGGGGCGGCUCAAGGCGCAGAGGCAGAUCUGGGACGGACAGACCGGGUCCAGUUCAGGCUCUCAGAGCUGCAGUGUGUCCACUUCCCCGCAGAAUCAUAUAGGACCUGUAAGCUCCGAGAAGACCACGUCGUACCGCCGCACCAGCAGCGGAGGGGGCAGCCAGGCCAAGUGCUCCGUCGUGUCUCCGAGCUUUGUGGGCAGCCAGGAGGAGCUGUACUGCAGCUUGGCGGGGAACAGUACGAGUCUCAUCCCGACCGCCGUUUCCACCCCUUCGCCUUCGCCUCCCAUGACCUGCGCGCCUCGGCCCCGCAGGAACGCCAUGGUCUCGGGCGUCAGGCCUCAUCAGAAGCGUGUCAGAGCGCUGGUGGACUGCCGGGCAGUCAGUUCAGAGCAGCUGGCCUUCUUCAAGGAUGAAAUCAUAGUGGUUACAGCCGCUAAUGACACCCACUGGUGGGUCGGUCACAUAGAGGGGGAUCCGUCCAGGAGUGGAACCUUUCCUGUCAACUAUGUGCACAAACUGACAGACUGAAGAUAGCGCGCUCGCCAUAACGGAGAAAAACAAACUGUGGAUCCCUAAACUCAUGAAGUGCGACUGAUCAGCAGCAGAAGAUGGAAACAUUUUCAUGGAUCUGACUCAAGCAAACGGAGAACUUUUCCACAAUAGGAUGUACAGACCAAGGGAUACCUGAAGAUGUAAAUGAGGUUUAUAUUAUUUUUUUUUAACAUUUAUUCAUUUUAGGAAUAAAGAAAAAGACUUUCAUGGCAUAAAAUCUUUCACUUGUUGCCUAAACCCAGGAUCAGUAUUGAAAGGUACAAUAAAACAUUUACUGUUGGGGAAGAAUCUGCUCUAUUGUAUGUUUAAAAAAUCACAUAAUAGUGGAGCAGAUGUUCAAGAUGUCUUCACUGACUGGGGAUUUGUACAUAGAGGAAAAGCGGGGCACGCCCCUUAUUGGCACUUUAAGCUCGCAGGCAGUCUUUUGAAAAAUGGUCAGGGCUCUUUUGGUGUCAAUGGAAACUGUUUCAUCUGUGAAAUCACAGUUUACUGAGACUCACACACGAGGUUGAAACCUGCCCAGUGUCCGCCCGGAGACGUGCCAGCCAGUCUGUCUCCGCCGAAACGCCAGGCGUCUGGGCAGCCCGAGGAGAGAGCUGAAACUCUAGCUCGGCCAUUUUGACUGUGGGCACGGCUCUGCGGCCGCACGGGGAGCCGGGGAUCCGGUUACUCCUGGCUCCGGGCGUCAGUCCCCCGGAGAACCUGGAAUAACGGCGGUGUGUUAGGACC